AUGUUUUAUAACAAGUCAACAGGAAAGAAUACAUCAAAUAGUGCACCAUCUAUAGGGUCUGGUGGUAUACAGAAAGCCCCUGAACCUUGGGUAUCAAAAUAUCGACCAAGAACAGUAGAUGAUGUAGCACAUCAAGAUGAAGUUGUUCGUGCAUUAAAGAAAUCAUUGGAUGGUGGAGCUUUACCACAUUUAUUAUUCUAUGGACCACCAGGUACAGGAAAGACAUCAACUAUUCUUGCUAUUGCUAUGGAUUUAUAUGGACCUGAUUUGAUUAAAGAUAGAGUUUUGGAAUUGAAUGCCUCAGAUGAAAGAGGUAUCGAGAUUGUUAGAACAAAGAUUAAGAAUUUUGCUUCAUUUACUGUUAAUAAUACUACUGUCGCAGGAAAACAAGUACCAUCAUUUAAAUUGAUUAUAUUGGAUGAAGCAGAUUCAAUGACACAAGAUGCACAAGCAGCAUUACGUAGAACUAUAGAAAAUACAAGCAAGACAACUAGAUUCUGUUUAUUGUGUAACUAUAUCACUAGAAUCAUUGAACCAUUGUCAUCUCGUUGUGCAAAGUUUAGAUUCAAACCUCUCAAAUCAGAGGCAAUGGGUGAAAGAUUAAAAUAUAUUGCCGACCAAGAAGGUGUCAACUUGGCCAAUGAAUCUACACUCGACGCUAUUCACACUGUUUCUCAAGGUGAUAUGCGUAAAGCUAUCACUUUUAUGCAAUCUGCUCAUAGAUUUUAUGCUUCAAAAUCAAUUACUGAUGCUAAUAUUUAUGAUAUUUCUGGGUCUGUAGAACCAAAAACAUUAGAAUUAUUUAUCAAUUCAUGCAAGUCUGGUGAUUUUUACAAGGUUAGACAUUUAGUAGAGAGGGUGAUGGCACUUGGAUAUCCAGCAUCACAAAUUAUUUCACAAUUGUUUGAUAUCGUAGUUCAACCUUCUAUACAUUUUAACAAUAUACAAAGAACUAAAAUAGCAAUCAAGAUUGGACAAAUCGAUAGAAACCUUGUCGAUGGAUCAGAUGAAUUCUUACAACUAUUCGAUUUGGGUGCAUAUAUGAUGAAAUGUUUUGAUGAAAUGGAAAUGAAUUAA